AUGAAUUUUAUCUACUAUUACUUAGUGGCUGCAUUAUUUGUAGUUCGUGCAACUGCAGAAGAGGAUGAGACUGCUUAUCAUUAUUAUGGAUCAAUCACUAGAUUUUAUGCAUGCAAUUUGCAGCUCAGAGGAUCUGUGACAUACUGUGAAAAACCACUCUACAGUUGCUUAUGUGCCAACAAGAACUAUUUGGCUUCCUUUGCUGGUUGUUUGGCCCACAAUAAUAGAAACUCCACAAAUGUUAUUGAUUUCGUCACUGAGUAUUGCCUUGAUAAUGGUAAUGUCACACUUGCUGAAGAUUGGUACCAAGAAUCUUACCAGUAUUUUGUGGAAAAUUCCAAAUCUGCCACCGAAAUUCCAGGGUUCAACAAAUCAAUUCCAAUUGAUGUUCCCAUCAAGCUCCCACCUGCUCAAAUGGAUUUGUACCAGGCUGGAUACGACCGCUAUUUGGGCAACUACGAUGACAGUUUAUAUUACAGUGCUGCCACCUUGGGGUAUUGGUUAUUGGUUUUCAUUCUCUAUGCCAUUCCUCAUUGGAUGAAGUUUUUGUUCCCAGGACUCACCAAGAAGCUUACUAGUGGACCAAUCAACCUCUGGAGAAAAUACAUCUCCAUGCCUGCUACGUUUAGAAAGAAGAAGGCACAGGAACAGGGCUGCUUGAAACUUUUUGACUAUUUAAUCCCAACCAGAUUUGAAACCAUUGUUAUUGCCCUUUUCUAUGGACUUACUAUUCUUGUCAAUGCUUUGGAUAUCCAAUAUGUUCCGGGAGAUAAGUUAUUCGCAUCCAAGUACAAAGCUGAAAUCAAGUACGUGUCAGAUAGAACAGGUAUAAUUGCUACCAUGCAAAUCCCAUUAAUAAUUCUCCUUGCUGGUCGUAACAACUUCCUCCAAUGGCUAACUGGUAUCUCUUUCACCACGUUUAUGACUUUCCACCGUCACAUUGCUAGGGUUAUGUACAUGUUGGUUGUUAUUCACUCCGUUGGCUAUACUAUAGCAUUAGGAGGACCCCGGUAUAGGGCCGAGGUUGUAGAACCUUGGUUCUACUGGGGGAUCCUUGCCACGGUUGCUGGUGGUAUUAUUUGGGUUCAAGCUAUGCUUUUCUUCAGAAGACGUUGGUAUGAGAUAUUCUUGUUGAUCCAUAUUCUCAUGGCUGCUAUCUUCGUUGGUGGCACUUGGGUUCAUGUCGAACCUUUUGGGUAUGUCUGGUUUGUUUAUCCUGCUGUUGCUGUUUGGUGUUUUGACCGUUUGGUUAGAAUCGGAAGAUUGAUUGCUUUUGGUUUCCCUAAAGCUGAAAUUACAUUGUUGGCUAAUGAUACUUUAAAAGUUGUCGUUCCAAAACCAAGCUAUUGGAAGUCUAUUCCAGGUGGCCAUGCUUUCAUCCAUUUUGUCAAACCAACUUAUUUCUGGCAGUCCCAUCCUUUCACAUUUGUUGAUACUCCAGACGACAAGAACAUUGUUUUGUAUUGUAAGGUCAAGGGUGGUGUCACACACAGUUUAUACCAAUUAUUGGCCAAACAACCUGGUCAAACUACUAGAAUGACUGUUGCUGUUGAAGGUCCAUAUGGUGAAUCAACUCCUGCCAAAUAUGCCGACUCUGCUGUCUUCAUUGCUGGUGGUAACGGUAUUCCUGGUAUUUACUCUGAAGUGAUGGACAUUGCCAGAAGAUUGCCUGCUGAUUCUAGUAAAGUGUUGAAAUUGAUCUGGGUUAUCAGAGACUACUCGUCUUUGACAUGGUUCCACGAAGAGCUUGCAGCUUUGAAAAACACCAGCAUUCACACCACAUUAUAUGUUACAAGACCAGAAGUGUCAUCAUCAAGUGAUGUCGAUAAGAAAUUGGAAGGCAAGGAGAGUAACGACGAAGAUAAGGAGUCCAUCAGAUCAGGAUUAUCACAUAUUGAGUUUAAGGAAGGUCGUCCAUCUAUUGAAAGUAUAGUUGCUGAUGAAGUUGCUGAAUCAAGUGGAUCAGUUGCUUUUGUCACGUGCGGACAUCCAAUUAUGGUUGAUGAAAUUCGUUACUAUGCUUGUCAGCAAAUUGGUAAUGCCGAAAACAAGAGGAUUGACUUCUAUGAACAACUUCAAAUAUGGGCAUGA